CAACCACGUCAACGUCACAGUAAAUUCCAUAAUAUUUCAAAGUUCGUGCGAGCCAAAAAAAGCCUACGCGUGUGUAUAUGUAUUUUGCAUAUUUUUAUAUUAGUUUAUUAAAUGUGCACAGAUUUUGGCUAUCAGUUCUGGUUGAUAAAUAAAAUAAAAUUUUUGUUGUAAUAAAUUAAAAGCAAUUAGAGGCAAUAUAGAUAUGGGGCCAAAUGUUGCGCGUCCAAUUCCAGUCGAAGAUGAGGAGCCUGAAAUUGCUCCUAAAACUGCUUCCAAGCCGAUUGGCGUUAAUGCAGUUCUUUUAGGUCCACCUGGCUCCGGCAAAGGAACACAGGCUCCUUGGUUGAAAGAGAAAUUCUGCGUUUGCCACUUAUCAACCGGCGACAUGUUACGAUCUGAAAUCAGUUCAGGUUCCCAAUUGGGAACCACAUUGAAAAAGGUUAUGGAUGAAGGUAAAUUGGUAUCUGAUGAAUUGGUCGUGGGUAUGAUUGAUAAGAAUUUAGACAAACCGGAAUGCAAGAAUGGUUUUUUGUUGGAUGGCUUUCCACGCACGGUGGUGCAAGCUCAAAAGCUUGAUGAACUUUUGGCCAAGAGAAAGACCUCAUUAGAUGCCGUUAUUGAAUUUGCUAUUGAUGAUAAUUUACUUGUGCGUCGCAUAACAGGCCGUUUAAUACAUCCAAGCAGUGGUCGCUCAUAUCACGAAGAAUUCGCCCCACCCAAGGUAGCCAUGACUGAUGAUGUAACCGGCGAGCCGCUAAUACGACGCAGUGAUGAUAACGCGCAAGCUUUAAAGAAACGUUUAGACGCUUAUCACAAACAAACUAAACCUUUGGUAGACUAUUAUGCUUUAAGAGGCUUGCAUUUUCGCGUCGAUGCGGCUAAGAAAGCUAGCGAUGUUUUUGCCAAUAUUGAUAGCAUUUUUUUGAAUCGAAGGAUAAGCUCUUGAUCGGAAUACAUCGUUAUUUUGGUGUAAAUACUUUUGAUGUAGUCAAUCAAUACACAAAAAUAUUUAACUGCCAUAAAGAAAAUAUCAGAAUAAUAACAACAACAAUGGAAGAAAGAAAGCGAACUUUGCAAAGCGAGCGAGCGUAUAUGUACAGAUAUUUUGAAAAAUUUUGAAAAAUACUCUUAAGACCGGAAUAUCUUUAAACUUCAACUUUACCUCUUAUCGAAUACAUAUCUAUAUCGUCUACUCAUCUUAGGAGACGUGUGUCAAUCAUUUAUCAAUAAUUCCAAUCUUAUAAAAAGUGAAUAAUAAUUGUUUUUUUUUUUUUUUUUACUUAGAAAUCACAUUUAUAUUCUCCAACAUUGCGCUAUACUUGUAAACAUAAAAGUGGAUAUUGUGCAUUUUAUCAGUGAACACUACCGUGUCUUUAUACAUGUAAUAAUAAUUAUAAUAAAAAGAA